CCUUGUUUGUGUUUGUGUGUUUUGGUUUUAGUCGUGUUUCUUUUUCGAGAUUGCAAUCUGAAAUCUGUUCUUGUUUCCUUUCGCUAAUUUGGAGGGAAGCCCAACUUUUUAUUUGUUUGAAUUUGGUUGUUUCUAGAGACAUUUUGCUCGGAAAUCUCAAUUGGGCCUGAUAUAUACUGAGAAUUGAGAGUGUAAUCACUUGGGUGUAAUUCUCACGUCAGUUUAGAAUCAUAUUUUCUGAGCUAUAGAAACACUGGUAGAUAAAACUUGUUAAGAUGGCUCCUGGAGGCAGCACUUUCAAGGAAGUUCUCGAGUCCUACAGUACAACUUCAGAUUAUGAUGUAGCGGUUAAAUCAGAGUCCACAAGUGCAGUUACGAAGGCCGCCUCUGGUUUGGGUAGAAAAGUUGCAGUUUAUUCUACCAAUGGUGUGCAUGAGCUACUUGAAUGCCCUGUCUGCACAAAUUUGAUGUACCCCCCAAUCCAUCAGUGUCCAAAUGGCCACACUUUAUGUUUAAACUGCAAGGUUAGAGUGCAUAAUUGCUGCCCAACUUGCCAUUAUGAUCUCGGAAAUAUAAGGUGUUUGGCUCUGGAGAAAAUAGCCGAAUCAUUUGAGCUUCCCUGCACAUACCAGAGUUUUGGUUGUCAGGACAUUUUUCCAUACUAUAGCAAGCUCAAGCAUGAGGAACACUGCAGGUUCCGUCCAUACAAGUGCCCUUAUGCAGGAUCCGAGUGCCCUGUUACGGGUGAUAUCCCGAGCCUUGUUGCACAUCUCAAGGAUGAUCACAAGGUUGACAUGCAUGAUGGGUGUACUUUCAAUCAUCGAUAUGUCAAAUCAAAUCCGCAUGAAGUUGAAAAUGCAACUUGGAUGCUGACGGUCUUCAACUGCUUUGGAAAACAAUUUUGCUUGCACUUUGAGGCCUUUCAGCUGCGUAUGGCUCCAGUUUACAUGGCCUUCUUACGUUUCAUGGGUGAUGACGAAGAUGCCAAGAAAUUCAGCUACAGUUUGGAAGUUGGCGGAAAUGGUCGUAAGCUAAUAUGGCAAGGAAUUCCGAGGAGCAUCCGCGACAAUCAUCAGAAAGUCCGUGACAGCCAAGAUGGCCUCAUUAUUCAGAGAAAUUUGGCUCUCUAUUUCUCCGGUGGGGAGAGGCAAGAACUAAAGUUAAGGGUUACUGGCCGUAUAUGGAAAGAAGAAUGAGCUCGUGGAGAGAUGGUCUAUAUUCAGGUAAAUGUACAGUUAACUGAAAUUCCAAGAUUGGCUAGGGUACUUCAUUUUGAGUUUAUGUUAUGCUCUUCUCCUCGGGCUUCUUUUGGCAAGCUGAAAAUUUGAAAGUGAGGAAAUAGAAAUUCAAAUCGAUCACUAUGCUUAAUGGGAGUGUGGCAAAAUACACGUCGUUACAUAUGUAAUAUGUGUAGGUCUUACCCUUGAGACACUAAAACCUUGCCCUUAGCUUCAAUGUGUCUUGAUGGACUUCUGUGCUUAUGAUUUGCUUGUAUGGUGUGGUCAUCAAAAUCCCUGUUGCCAAAACUGACAGAUUUCCGUGCAAUGGAUUUCUUUACCCUUGUUAUUUGUAAAAUUAUUGAUUCUUCUUGAAGAAAAAAGUUGUACCACUUUUCCAAUUUAUUACAAAUGUUAUAUUUCUUGACAAGAAAGCAUAUUGAA